AAAGUGGAAAUAACCCUAUAUAAACCCUAAUUCCAGCAGCCCUCCUCUUUUCUCACCCCCAAACCCAAAAACAAACCCUAGCAAUGAAGAAGAAGUCGAGCGCCAAAAUCGACUCUCAAGAACCCACAACCUCAAUCCCCGCAACCUCUCAACCCCUCAAAACCCUAAUCGACGACACCUCCGUCUUCAUCGACGACCUCGUCAAGCUCAUCCCUGCGAGAUUCUUCCUCCCCAUCCCCGACGCCGACGAGCGGCCAUGGUUCCAGGGCCUCAGCAAGGCCGCCAAGGCCUCCCUGAAGAAGCAAUCCCGCGAGAAUCUCAAGAAAGUUCGCCGCGAUCGGUUCAACCCCGAGAAUCCCUCAUCCACCCUCGACCUCCUCCAGAAAUCCAUCAAACCCGACGAAGAUAACCCUGGCGACGAUGAAAUCCCUAACCGUAACCCUAAGCCCGAGGAGAAAUCGGUUACCUAUGAGGAGCUUCGCCAGCGCCUCCACCGUCGGAUCGAGGAGCUGCGGUCUGGUCGUAAUACUCGGCCGAAGAACGACCUUAUGAAGAAUGAUCAGAGGAAGAGGAAGAGGGAGAAUGAAGAGAAGUCGCUGGAGGAGACGAAGGGGAAGGGGAAAGAUGAGAACGUGGCGGCGGACAUUACUUUCGGGAAAGUGAAGAUUGGGGAUGAGGAUGGGAGCAGGAGGAAGAAGAAGAAGAUGUCCAAGGCUCAGGAGCUGGAGAAGGCGAGGAAGCUUGAAGAGUUGAAGAAGGAUCCGGAAAAGGGCGCGAUUGUAGCCAAGAAGCAUUCUUGGAAGGCAGCGGAGAGCCGGGCUAUGGGAGUGAAGGUGCACGAUGACCCGAAGCUUUUGAAGGAGAGUAUAAAGAAGGAGAAGAAGAGGCAGAAGAAACAUGCUGAGAAGUGGAAGGAGAGGGUGGAGAGCAGGGAGAGCGUGAGGAAUGAGAAGCAGAAGACGAGGACUGGUAACAUUAAAGAGAGGGCUCAUCAGAAGAAGAUGAGGAAGAUCGAGAAGAGGGAGAAGAAACUCAUGAGGCCGGGGUUUGAAGGAAGAAAAGAGGGGUAUGUUAACUGAGUGAAGGAGCUUGGUGAUUGAGAGGUUAGAGAUAGAAUGGGCAGUUUCUCAGUAAGGGAUAUGGUGGGAAGAAGGCAAAUGCACGUGCACAGCGCUUGAAAUUUGUGUGUUUUUGUGAACCUGACAAAAGAUUGUUGUCAAAACUUUCUGGUUUGUUCACUUUGCUUCUGCUUAAAAGAGUAAAUUUGAAAUAAU